GUUGAUUUAUAUAAAAACAAAAUGAUGAUUUCAAAGCAUUUUUUUCAUGUUUUAUCUAUUGUUCUCUUCUUAUCAUUUUCAUUUCCAUAUGCACAUUUCACAGGGAUUGAUCAAGAUUCAACCAACCUUCACCCACUUCCAGUAAGCUUGGGUUCUAGUUCUUUUUCAAGUUCCGGCUCUUUUAAGCAUUCAAGUUCUUCCCAUGCCUCCCAGUCAUUUAAGAGUUCGCACUCUUUAAAGAGCUCUGAAAAUCAUGGUGAUGCUUCAGGUCAUGGCUCUUCCUCUAUGUCACAUUCAAGUUCAGCUUCUGGCUCAUCUUCACAUUCUAGUUCAUCUUCACAUUCUGGAUCUUUUAAGAGUUCAGGUUCAUUUAAAGGUUCUAGCUCUCCCGUAGAUUCUAAUAAUUCUAAAGAUUCCGGUUUAGGUCAUGGGGAUUCUAGUUCCUCUACAACUUCUAGUUCUUUAUCAGGUUCUAGCCAUUCUAAAGCUUCUAACUCAUUGUCACAUUCUAGUUCAUCUUCACAUUCUGGUUCUUGGAAGGGUUCUAGCUCAUUCGAAGAUUCUAACAAUUCUAAGGAUUCUAGUUUAGGUCAUGGGGAUUCUAGAUCCUCUGGAACUUCUAGUUCUUUAUCAGGUUCUAGCCAUUCCAAAUCUUCCAGCUCAUUGUCACAUUCUAGUUCAUCUUCACAUUAUGGUUCUUGGAAGGGUUCUAGCUCAUUCGGAGAUUCUAACAAGUCUAAGGAUUCUAGUUCUGCUAUGGCUACUCACUCUUCAUUAGGUUCUGGAGAUAAUUUUAGCAAAUCUAAGGGUUCUGACUCAUCUGAAACUUCUAAGUCUGGCAACUCUAGUUCCUUAUCAGGUUCCAUCAAUUCAAUGGGUUCUAACUCUUCUAAGACUUUUAACUCUGCAUUAGGUUCUACUGCAUCUAACUCUUCCAAAAGCUCAAGUUCUAACAAUUCUAAAGAUUCUAGUUCUGCUACAGCUUCUGGUUCUUCUUCAAGUUUAGGUUCUAGCAACUCUAAGGCUUCUGGCUUAUCAGCACAUUCAAGUUUUGAAAAACAUGGUGGUGCUACGGGUCAUGGCUCUUCCUCUUUAUCGCAUUCAGUUUCAGCUUCAGGCUCAUCUUCACAUUCAGGUUCAUAUUCACAUUCUAGUUCUUCUUCACAUUCAAGUUCUUUUAAGCAUUCAAAUUCUGGUUCUUCUAGCUCUUCUACAAACUCGGGUUCCAACAAUUCUAAGGAUUCUAGUUCUGAUGCGGCUUCUCACUCUUCGUUGAGUCAAGGGGCUUCUAAUACAGUUUCUAGUUCAUCAUCACAUUCCAAUUCUCUAAAUCAUGGUGGUUCCACGAGUCAUGGUUCUUCCUCUUUAUCACAUUCAAGUUCAACUUCUGGAUCAUCCUCAAAAUCUAGUUUAUCUUCACAUUCCGGUUCUAGUGCUACUAACUCAUCCACAAACUCGGGUUCCAACAAUUCUAAGGAUUCUGAUUCUACUACAACUUCUCAGUCUUCAUUAAAUCAUAAGGCUUCUAAUUCCUCUGCAAGUUCUAGUUCUUUAUCAGGUUCUAGCAAUUAUAAGGUUUCAGGCUUAUCCGCAAAUUCCAGUUCAUCUUCACAUUCUGGUUCUAGUGCUGCUAACUCAUCCAUAAACUCAGGUUCUAACCAUUCUAAGGAUUCUGAUUCUACAACGGCUUCUCAGUCUUCAUUAAAUCAUGGGGCUUCUAGUUCCUCCACAAGUUCUGAUUCUUUAUCAGGUUCUAAUAGUUCUAAGGCUUUUGGCUCAUCUUCAGACUCCAGUUCUUUUAAGCAUUCUGGUUCUGGUGCUUCUAACUCUUCCACAAACAUAGGUUCCAACAAUUCUAAUGAUUCUGUUUCUACUGCGGCUUCUCAGUCUACAUUAAAUCGUGGGGCUUCUAAUUCCUCUUCAAGUUCUGGUUCUUUAUCAGGUUCUAGCAAUUAUAAGGCUUAUGGGUCAUCCUCAAAUUCUAUUUCAUCUUCGCAUUCUGGUUCUUUUAAUCAUUUUGGUUCUAUUGCUGGUAACUCCUCCACAAACUCAGGUUCCAACAGUUCUAAGGGUUCUGAUUCUACUACGGCUUCUCAGUCUUCAUUAAACCAUAAGGCUUCUAAUUCCUCUGCAAGUUCUGGUUCUUUAUCAGGUUCUAGAAAUUAUAAGGCUUCAAGCUCAUCCUCAAAUUCUAGUUUAUCUUCGCAUUCUGGUUCUUUUAAGCAUUCUGGUUCUAGUGCUGCUAACUCAUCCACAAAUUCUGGUUUGAACAAUUCUAAGGAUUCUAGUCCUACAACGGCUUCUAAGUCUUCAUUAGAACAUGAGGCUUCUGGUUCCUCUACAAGUUCUGGUUCUCUGUCAGGUUCUAGUAAUUCUAAGGCUUCUGGCUUUUCAUCACAUUCCAAUUCUAUAAAUCAUGGUGGUGCUACAGGUCACAGCUCCUUCUCUUUGUCACAUUCAAGUUCAGCUUCACAUUCUAGUUCAUAUUCACAUUCUGGUUCCUUUGAGCAUUCGGGUUCUUUUAAGGGUUCUGGCUCUUCCGUGGAUUCUAGCAAUUCUAAGGAUUCUGGUUCUGGUGCGACUCACUCUUCAUCAAGUUCUGGGGCUUCUGGUUCUUCUACAAGUUCCAGUUCUUUAUCAGGUUUGAAUAAUUCGACAAAUUCUAAGACUUCAGACUCUUCUUUAAGUCAUGAUGCUUCAGGCUCUUCCACAAGUUUAGGUUCUAACAAUUCCAAGGAUUCAAAAUCUUCAUCAAAUUCUGGUACUUCUAGCUCUUCUGCAGACUCCAAUUCUUUAUCAGGUUUUAACAAUUCUAAGGGGUCUGGAUCUUUUCAAACUUCAAACUCUUCAUCAAAUCUUAGUGCAUCGGGUUCCUCCACAGGGUCGAAUUCUUUAUCAAAUUCGAACAAUUCUAAAGGUUCUAACAAUUCUAAGAGUUCCAAAACUUCUAGCUCUUCAUCCGACCUUGAUGCUUCUAGCUCUUCCAAAGGAUUCGGUUCUGACAAUUCUCAAAGUUCUGACUCUUCUCAAACUUCACAAGCUGGUUCUUCCGGCUCUACCACAGGAUUAGGGUCAUUAUCAAGUUCAAACAAUUCUAAGAGUUCUGACUCUUCUAAGACUUCAAACUCGUCAUCUAGUUAUGAUGCUCAUGGUUCUGGGUCUGGUUCUGUAUCAAGUUCCAACAAUUCUAAAGGUUUUGGAUCUUCAAAAACUUCAGGCUCCUCGUCAGGUUCUAACCGAUAUAAGUCUUCAAUGAGUGACUCUUCAGUUUGUGGUAAUUCCAAGUCUUCUAGAACUAAAAAUACGAGUGCUUGCACAGGCACUAGUUCUUCUGUGACUGAUGGUUCUACUACUUCAACUCCUCCUCCUAGCCCUCCAAAAGGUGAUGGAUAUUCUAAAGCAUCAAGCUCCUCAUCAGGUUCUGAAGGAUAUAAGUCUUCUACGAGUGACUCUUCAGUGUCUGGUAAUUCUAAGGCUUCAAGUACUAAAAAUGAAAGUGCUUCCAUGGGUACCGAUGCUUCAGCGACUAAUGGUUCUACGACUUUUAUUCCUACGAGCCCUUCCACAGGUUCUGACGGAUCAAAGUCUUCUACAAGUAACCCUUCAGGCACUACUACUUCAGUGACAAAUGGUCCUACAGCUUCUACUCCUUCUUCGAGCCCUUCCACAGGCGUUAGUUCUUUCACAACUAAUAGCCAUAAGGGAUCUGGUCAUACAAGUUCAAGCAAUUUUGCUCACUCUAGUUCGUUUACAGCUUCUGGUCACUCUUCCGCAAGUCAUAGUUAUGGUUUUAAAGCUUCAGGCUCCUCAUCAGGUUCUGAAGGAUAUAAGUCUUCUACGAGUGAUUCUCCAGUGUCUGGUAAUUCUAAGGCUUCAAGUACUAAAAAUGAAAGUGCUUCCAUGGGUACCAAUGCUUCAGCGACUAAUGGUUCUACGACUUUUAUUCCUACGAGCCCUUCCACAGGUUCUGACGGAUCAAAGUCUUCUACAAGUAACCCUUCAGGCACUACUACUUCAGUGACAAAUGGUCCUACAGCUUCUACUCCUUCUUCGAGCCCUUCCACAGGCGUUAGUUCUUUCACAACUAAUAGCCAUAAGGGAUCUGGUCAUACAAGUUCAAGCAAUUUUGCUCACUCUGGUUCGUCUACAGCUUCUGGUCACUCUUCCGAAAGUCAUAGUUAUGGUUUUAAAGCUUCAGGCUCCUCAUCAGGUUCUGAAGGAUAUAAGUCUUCUACGAGUGAUUCUCCAGUGUCUGGUAAUUCUAAGGCUUCAAGUACUAAAAAUGAAAGUGCUUCCAUGGGUACCAAUGCUUCAGCGACUAAUGGUUCUACGACUUUUAUUCCUACGAGCCCUUCCACAGGUUCUGACGGAUCAAAGUCUUCUACAAGUAACCCUUCAGGCACUAGUACUUCAGUGACAAAUGGUCCUACAGCUUCUACUCCUUCUUCGAGCCCUUCCACCGGCGUUAGUUCUUUCACAACUAAUAGCCAUAAGGGAUCUGGUCAUACAAGUUCAAGCAAUUUUGCUCACUCUGGUUCGUUUACAGCUUCUGGUCACUCUUCCGCAAGUCAUAGUUAUGGUUUUAAAGCUUCAGGCUCCUCAUCAGGUUCUGAAGGAUAUAAGUCUUCUACGAGUGAUUCUUCAGUGUCUGGUAAUUCUAAGGCUUCAAGUACUAAAAAUGAAAGUGCUUCCAUGGGUACCGAUGCUUCAGCGACUAAUGGUUCUACGACUUUUAUUCCUACGAGCCCUUCCACAGGUUCUGACGGAUCUAAGUCUUCUACAAGUAACCCAUCAGGCACUAGUACUUCAGUGACAAAUGGUCCUACAGCUUCUACUCCUUCUUCGAGCCCUUCCACAGGUGUUAGUUCUUUCACAACUAAUAACCAUAAGGGAUCUGGUCAUACAAGUUCAAGCAAUUUUGCUCACUCUGGUUCGUUUACAGCUUCUGGUCACUCUUCCGCAAGUCAUAGUUAUGGUUUUAAAGCUUCAGGCUCUUCAUCAGGUUCUGAAGGAUAUAAGUCUUCUACGAGUGAUUCUUCAGUGUCUGGUAAUUCUAAGGCUUCAAGUACUAAAAAUGAAAGUGCUUCCAUGGGUACCAAUGCUUCAGCGACUAAUGGUUCUACGACUUUUAUUCCUACGAGCCCUUCCACAGUAGGUUCUGACGGAUCUAAGUCUUCUACAAGUAACCCUUCAGCAACUAGUACUAAAGAUACGGAUGCUUCCACGGGCACUAGUACUUCAGUGACAAACGGUCCUACAGCUUCUACCCCUUCUUCGAGUCCUUCCAGAGAUUCUGGUCACUCUUCUGCAAGUCAUAGUUCUGGUUUUAAAGCUUCAGGCUCCUCAUCAGGUUCUGAAGGAUCUAAGUCUUCUACAAGUGACUCUUCAGUUUCUGGUAAUUCUAAGGCUUCAAGUACUAAAAAUGAAAGUGCUUCCAUGGGUACCAAUGCUUCAGCGACUAACGGUCCUACGACUUUUAUUCCUACUAGCCCUUCCACAGGUUCUGAAGGAUCUAAGUCUUCUACAAGUAACCCUUCAGGCACUAGUACUUCAAUGACAAAUGGUCCUACAGCUUCUACUCCUCCUUCGAGCCCUUCCACAGGCGUUAGUUCUUUCACAACUAAUAGCCAUAAGGGAUUUGGUCAUACAAGUUCAAGCAAUGUCGCUCACUCUGGCUCGUUUACAGCUUCUAGUCACUCUUCCGCAAGUCAUAGUUCUGGUUUUAAAACUCCAGGUUCUUCCACAAGUACUAGUUCGUCUAUGGCUAAUGGACCUACCACUUCUGGUCAUACUCCAAGCCCUUCUGAAAGUACUAUUUCUUCUACAAAUUCAGGCUCUUCAGUUGGCAUUGGUUCUUCAACUUCUAGUCACUCUACCACAAGCAAUGAGUCCGGCUCUAAAACUUCAGGCUUCUCCACAAACACCGAUUCUUCUGAGAAUAAUGGUCAUAAGAGUUUUAGUUCUACUUUGAGUCCCUCCACAGGUACUAGUUCUCAUCAUACUAAUAACCCUAUAACUUCUCAUCAUACAGAUUUAGGCUUGUCUGCACACACCAGUUCUUUUUUUACUUCUAGUGGCUCUUCAACAAGCAAUGAUUUUGGUUCUAAAAAUUCAGGCUCCUCCCUGAACACUAGUUCUUCUACGCCUUUCGGUUCUUCUUCAAGCCCAUCUACAAGUAUAGGUUCUCCUGAGAGUAAUAGUCAUAUGGCUUCUAAUCAUUCAAACUCGGACUAUUCUAAACACACUGGUUCUUCUACAACUUCUGGCCACUCUUCCACUGGCAAUAGUUUUGGUUCCAAAACUUCAAGCUCUUCCACGAACAUUGGUUCUGCUACGACUGAUGGCCAUACAGCUACCGGUUCUACUUUGAGCGCCUCUUCAGGUUCUAGUUCUCAUAAGACUAAUAGUCACAUGACUUCUAGUCAUACAAAAUCUAGUUCUUCCACACACACCGGUUCUUCCAGUCACACUGGUUCUUUGACAACCUCUGGUUCCAAAACUUCAGGCUCUUCCACAAACACUGGUUCUGCUACGACUGAUGGCAGUGCAACUACUGGUUCUAUUUUAAGCCACUCUUCAGGUUCUAGUUCUCAUAAGACUAAUAGUCACAUGAGUUCCGGUCAUACAAAAUCAGGCUCUUCUACACACACAGGUUCAUCCAAACACACUGGUUCUUUCACAACAUCUGGUUCCAAAACUUCAGGCUCUUCCACUAGCACUGGUUCUACUACGACUAAUGGCCAUGCAACUACUGGUUCUGCUACGAUUGAUGGCCAUGAAACUACUAGUUCUAUUUCAAGCCACUCUUCAGGUUCUAGUUCUCAUAAGACUAAUAGUCACAGCACUUCUGCUCCUACAAAAUCUUGCUCUUGCACUUGCACGCCCACCGACUCUUCCAAUCACACUGGUUCUGCUACAACUGAUGGCCAUACAACUACUGGUUCUAUUUCGAGCCACUCUUCAGGUUCUAGUUCUCAUAAGACUAACAGUCACACGACAUCUGCUCAUACAAAAUCUGGCUCUUCUACACACACAGGUUCCUCCAAACACACAGGUUCUUUCAAAACCUCUGGUUCUAAAAUUUCAGGCUCUUCCACAAACACUGGUUCUGCUACGACUGGUGGCCAUACAACUACUGGUUCUAUUUCGAGCCAUUCUUCUGGUUCUACUUCUCAUAAGAGUAAUAGUCACACGACUUCUACUCAUACAAAAUCCGGCUCUUCUACACACACAGGUUCUUCCAAACACACUGGUUCUUUCACAACCUCUGGUCACUCUUCCACAAGUAGUGAUUUUGGUUCUAAAACAUCAGGCUCCUCCAAAAGCACUAGUUCUUCUAAGAAUAAUGAUCAUGUGACUUCUGGUUCUACUUCGAGCCCUUCCAUAGAUUACAGUUCUCCUAUGACUAGUAGUACUACAACUUCCGGUCAUACAAAUUCAGAAUCUUCCACAAGCAAUAAUUUUGGUUCUAAAACUUCGGGCUCUUUUAGAGGCACCAAUUCUUAUGAUGCUCCUGGUUCUACAAACUUGGGCAUUUCUACAAGUUCUGAUAUUUCUAUGGGUUCUGGCUCUUCUAAGAGUUCUAGUCUUGAAAACCAAUUUAGUGGUACUUUUUCCAAAGUUUUUGCUUUUGGAGACUCAUAUACAGACACAGGAAAUGCUCAAUCAUUAGGCAUUUUGAAAGACUUCGCGAGUGCAUUCUUAUCAAGCUUUUUUCAAACAAUAGAUUCAAACCUCCAUUUUGAGGGUAGAUCAAGUAAUGGUCGCUUGGUUAUUGAUUUCCUUUGUGAUUCUCUCAACAUAUCCCUGUUGCCACCAUUUGAAGUGGCUUCCAAAAACUCUAGUAUCAAUGAAGACUGUGGAGUGAACUUUGCAGUGGGAGGUUCGACAUCUCUUUCAGGUGAUUUUUUUACUAAUCAUAAAAUCACCAAUAACUUGUUGUGGCAAGGCACUCCAUUAGGUUUCCAAACUCAAAUAGAAUGGUUCAACCAGUUUGUCACAAAAAAAGCCUGCAAUGGGGAAACAGUCGAACAAUGCAAGGAACAAAUGGGAAACAACCUCGUUUGGCUUGGGCAAAUGGGUGCAGAUGACUUUGCUCGUGUUAUAGGGUCUUCUAUUUCAUUGCGUUGGCUUACAGAUAUAACUCUCGGUCAAAUCUCCAAAAUCCUUACGACGGUGUUGGAUAGUGGCGCAAGGUUCAUCGUGGUUCAAGGACUACCGCCACUAGGGUGUUGGCCAUUAGCAAAAUUAUUGACUCCCCACUUUGCCAAGGAUGAAAUGGGUUGUUCUGCAGUUAUCAACAAAGCAAUAAUGGCUCACAAUGACCUCUUACAGAAGACAUUAGAAGAAUUUCGUAGAAACUAUCCCAAUGCUACAAUUGCAUAUGCUGAUUAUUUCAACGCAUUCAAGACAGUCAUGGGAAACCUCACUGAGUUUGGCUUUUCAGAUGGAUCCGGUGCAUGUUGCGGCGUUGGAGGUGGACUUAACUUCAACUUGAACAAUCUAUGUGGCAUGGAUGGCACCAACACUUGUAGUAACCCGAAUGCUUACAUCCACUGGGAUGGAAUUCAUCUUACAGAAGCAAUGAACAAACAAAUUGCUCGUCUCUUCCUCCUUGAAGGCUUCUGUCAACCAUCUUUUGUUGAUCUAAUAAAAAGGCAUCAAAGCUUACUUCAACCCUCUCUUCAGUAGGCUCCUUACAAAGAUCAAGCCAACAAUAUUCAACCAGAUUUUCCUUUAUUAUUUAUAGAUUAUGUCAAUAAAUUAGCCCUACAAACGUCCCUUCUUCACACUAGUGAAGUAAGAGUGAUGUAUCUUUGACUUUAAAUCUUAUAUGUAUGUAUCACUCUCUAGUGUAUUAAUGCAAUGGUGGCGGCUUUUGUUGCCCUUUCUUAUUUCA